CACAUUAGAUGAAUGGCUCGGCGAAACACUUUGCAAAAAUGUGAGUGCCAAAUAUUUUUGUAUUACACACAUGCUGCGAGGUAAAGCUGCAUCCGUCACGAAUUGGAAAGCAGAAUUUUGAAUCAAAGCGGUAUAUUGUAUCAAAAAGAAUGUUAUUCUCGUACUGUUAAAUUAUUAAAAAUUCAGUAGCUUUGCAAAAAGCUAUAUAAUGAAAAUAUUAAUGUAAAUAUGUAUGUAUGUAUGUUUAUCACCCAUAGACUCACCAACCGCACUAAAAAAUCGUUCAUUGCCCUCACACAGCAUUUUCCGCACGCAUUGCAAUCAAAAAAUAAUAACAUUAUUAAUCAUUACUUUAAUUCAUAAUGUGCAGAAAAGCCAAUUGUAAAAUUUUCUCCAAAAAUGCAAUAUACUAUAUUUUUUUUAUAAACUGCCGCGUCUAAAUGAAACUAAUGCAAAAUAAAAACGAAACAAAGCCAAUUAAGAAGCAAAAACGUAGAAUUGUUCCUGUUCUGUCGAUUGUCAUGUUCCUCUAGCUGUGUUAGUUUUAUACCUUAAACAGUGCUUGCAUUUGAUGCCCAAGGAGAUGACGAAGAAAGCUCUCUACCACACUUGGAUCAUGGUUUCACCUCGAAGUUACCCCCUGGCUACUUGACGCACGGUUUACCAACGGUGAAGGAUGUGGCACCCGCCAUAACACCACUAGAACAGAAAAAGGAACAGGAAGAGAAGAAAGAAAUUAAGGAACUUUCGGAGGAGCAAAAACAGAUGAUCAUACUUUCCGAGGACUUCCAACGGUUUGUGUUGCGCGCAGGUCGUGUUGUUGAACGCGCACUCUCCGAGAAUGUUGAUAUUUAUACAGACUAUAUUGGCGCUGGCGACAAUGAAGACACCAACGAUGAGCGAUCACAUGCUCGCCUCUCGUUGAAUCGUAUUUUUUACGAUGAACGUUGGUCGAAAAAUCGUUGCAUCACGUGCAUGGAUUGGUCUACACAUUUCCCCGAACUGGUGGCCGCUUCAUAUCACAACAACGAGGAGAGUCCUAAUGAACCGGAUGGUGUUGUUAUGGUUUGGAAUACCAAAUUUAAAAAACAAACACCCGAAGAUAUUUUCCAUUGUCAAAGCGCUGUGAUGUCUACGUGCUUUGCCAAAUUCAAUCCUAAUCUAAUAUUGGGUGGUACAUAUUCGGGACAAAUCGUGUUAUGGGAUAAUCGCGUACAGAAGCGUACACCAAUGCAGCGCACACCACUGAGCGCCGCUGCGCACACACAUCCGGUCUAUUGUUUGCAGGUUGUUGGCACACAGAAUGCGCACAAUGUUAUUUCCAUUUCUUCGGAUGGCAAGUUGUGCUCGUGGAGCUUGGAUAUGUUGUCACAUCCUCAAGAUACAUUAGAGUUGCAACAGCAACGUCCAUCGAAAUCGAUUGCAGUUACUGGUAUGGCUUUCCCGGCGAAUGAGAUCAACAAUUUGGUGGUGGGCAGUGAGGAUGGUUACGUGUACUCAGCUUGUCGCCAUGGUUCACGCACGGGCGUAAAUGAUGUCUUCGAAAAACACUUGGGUCCAGUAACAGGAAUCUCCACACACUACAACCAAUCGUCACCUGACUUUGGACAUCUGUUCUUAACUUCCUCUAUCGACUGGACAAUUAAGUUAUGGUCUCUAAAGGACACUAAACCACUAUAUUCUUUUGAAGACAACUCCGAUUACGUCAUGGAUGUUGCAUGGUCGCCCAUUCAUCCAGCACUUUUUGCUGCUGUCGAUGGUAGCGGUCGCCUUGAUUUGUGGAAUCUUAAUCAGGAUACCGAAGUACCCACAGCAUCAGUUUUAGUUGAAGGUGCGCCAGCGCUUAAUCGUGUAUCGUGGACGCCGUCAGGUUUACACGUGACCAUUGGUGACGAUACGGGCAAAUUGUAUAUUUACGAUGUUGCAGAGCUUCUGGCGCAGCCAUCACGCGAUGAAUGGUCGCGCUUUAAUGCGACACUCAAUGAGCUAAAAAUGAAUCAAAGUGAUGACGUUUAAAUCAAAUGCUUAUUCAUAUACGAACGGAGUUAUGAUAGUUUAAUUUAAAAAGACUUAAUUGGUAUUUUACUACUAUGGCAACUUAAUGCAUAUAAAGAGACAGUAAUAAGCACUUCGAUGCGUUUGAGAACAUUAGCAGCAAUUUCAGAGGCGAAAUCGUUAGAAAUUCA